AUGUUCAAUAACAUGAAUAAAUAAUUAGGAGGAUCAAUCAAAGCUUUAAUAAUAGGAUUUGCAUAAGAUCAAAUGAGUAUCUAAGAAGCUUUGGGAGAUGAUCUCUAAGCAUAUAAUAAUGAAAUUAAAAACAAGUUAUUCUCUCAGGAUUUGAGAAAUCAGCCAUAAUAAACAUUAGAAAUAGUGAAAUUGAAUUAUGUUUCAAUGAAUAAUCUUUGGAGUAUAUGGCUUAAAUUUCUGAAAAAAAUAUUACUACAAUCCCAAAAAAAAGUAAAUAGAGCUAACCUCAAACUUUCUCUUAAGUCAGAAAAAUAAUUAUUCUUCUCUAAAUAAGGUCCUUCUGUUAAUAAUUAAUAAGGAGGGUCUAAGUUUAACUAUCAACUAUGA